UUUAUGUUUUCUUGUCAAAAAGGCUGGAUAAAGGCAAAAACACCAGCUAUCCCCCAGCGAUGUAUCCUCCUUCUCAUCGUUAUUGCUCUUGUAAUCUUAUCGUUUGAACGCCUUCCUUUUUAUUACAAAAUUCCCACCUUUUCCCAUUUCUAACUCUUCUCAAGUCUCACUGAUUAUUCCCUCAAAAAAAAAAAAAAAAUCUCACUGAUUUACAAAUUGCAAUACUUCCGUAUAUUAAAAAAAUAUAUUUCAUUCAUCUAUCCCACAAAAUGGCCUUGUUUUCCUUAACGUCGUCGUUCCGCACCCUCAACCUCCCUAACCUCCGCCACUCACCUCCACCCCACCGCCUCCUUAGUGUACAAAUCAAGUGCUCCGUGCCAUCAUCACCCGCCAUGCCAACCAUCUCAUCAUCCACCUCUCAAUUCGACCUCCGCACUUACUGGACGACCCUGAUUGAAGAGAUCAAUCAGAAGCUUGAUGAAUCUAUCCCGAUUUCUUACCCUGAAAAAAUCUACGAGGCUAUGCGAUACACCGCCCUUGAUAAAGCCGCUAAACGGGCCCCACCCGUCAUGUGCAUCACCGCUUGUGAGCUUUUCGGCGGUCACCGCACUGCCGCCUUCCCUACUGCCUGUGCCCUGGAAAUGGUUCAUGCUGCUUCUCUAAUCCAUGAUGACCUUCCAUGCAUGGACAAUGACCAAGUAAGACGAGGCCAUGCAGCUAACCACGUUGUCUAUGGGGAAGACAUGGCCAUUCUUGCAGGAGAUGCACUUUUCCCUCUUGGGUUCAGCCACAUUGUUUCACAUACCCCACGUGAAAUAGUCCCCGAGACACGAGUUCUGAAGGUCAUUGCCGAGAUAGCCCGGACUGUGGGAUCAACAGGUAUGGUUGCAGGCGAAUUUUUGGAUCUUGAAGGUGGGCAAAAUGCUGUGGACUUCAUCCAAGAAAAAAAGUUCGGGGAGCUAGCAGAGUGCUCAGCUGUGUGUGGAGGAAUCUUGGCCGGUGCCAAUGAAGAAGAAAUACAACGGCUCAGAAGAUACGGUAAAGCAGUGGGUAUUCUGUAUCAAGUGGUGGAUGAUAUUUUAAAAGAGAAAGCAAAGAGUGACGGAGAGAUAAAAAGAAGAGGGAAAAGCUAUGUGAGCGUUUAUGGAUUGGACAAGGCUAAAGAAGUAGCUGAGGAUUUGCGAGCUCAAGCGAGGAAAGAGCUGGACACUUUUGAAAGUUAUGGCGAAAAGGUUAUCCCACUUUACAGCUUUGUUGAUUAUGCUGCGGACAGAGGAUUUAGUGUUGGCGGGUGAGAUAUGUUUUGCUUCUGCUCAACCUUAAUUAAGUAGAGUUAUUGAUGCUGCAAUUGCCUUUCAUUUUUCAUCUAUUUUGUAAAUUAGGAGGUAUGAUUUGUAAGUAGAGAUCGUAAAUGGAAGUGGAACAACAUUUACUGCACAACCGAAUGUUUAUAGUGUUAGAUGAUCCUGAUCAAGAAUUGGGGAUAUGUUUAAUUGGAUAUUCUGCAAAAUGGAAGUACCUUUUGCUCA